UCACCAGUCUUCCACCUCACCUCACCUCACCCGUACCACCAUCAGCGGUAGGGAGACACUGACGAGACGAGCGAGGGACUCGGCGGCUUGGGGUGGGACGGGAGUCAGCCGGUGUGGAGAGACUGUGAUCGCAGGAGAGGAGAGCAGCUCUCUCAGGACCCACCGGCCGGCCGGCCGGCCUGCCCUGCCUCCGUCCGCCCCAGGGAGACGUGUGGCCUGAGGCCUCUCUCUCUCUCUCUCACACACACACACACACACACACACGAGUCAAAGAGGAGAAGAGCAGAUCUACAUCUGCUCCACCGAUGAGCGCUUCUCGGUUCAUCAAGUGCGUCACCGUGGGGGACGGCGCCGUCGGCAAGACCUGCAUGCUUAUCUCCUACACCUCCAACACUUUCCCCACCGAUUAUGUUCCAACUGUGUUCGACAACUUCAGUGCCAAUGUUGUGGUUGACGGAAGCACCAUCAACUUGGGUCUGUGGGACACCGCAGGACAAGAGGACUACAAUAGACUGCGCCCGUUGAGCUAUCGUGGUGCUGAUGUUUUUCUGCUCGCCUUUUCUCUCAUCAGCAAAGCAAGCUACGAGAAUGUAUCAAAGAAGUGGAUUCCUGAAUUAAGGCACUAUGCUCCUGGCGUGCCUAUAAUUCUUGUCGGGACCAAGCUUGAUCUGCGGGAUGAUAAGCAGUUUUUUGUUGAUCACCCUGGUGCUGUUCCUAUCUCUACUGCCCAGGGUGAAGAGCUGAGGAAGCUAAUUGGUGCAGCUGCCUACAUCGAAUGCAGUUCAAAAACCCAACAAAACAUCAAAGCAGUGUUUGACGCGGCCAUUAAGGUGGUUCUCCAGCCUCCAAAGCAAAAGAGAAAGAAGAAAAAGGCGCAGAAAGGAUGCGUCAUUUUAUAACUAGUAAAUGGCAGACUCAGCAGAUGUCCCGCAACAUCUUUUGCUGCCUCUGGCUGCGCUUCAAAGGACCAGCACAAGGCAUAUCUUGUGGUGUUGAUCUUGAAAGAUCCUGCCUGAUGCACUUGGUUUCUAGGGUCCUACUAGAAGUCAUGCCUGUUGACCGAUCACUGCGUGUUUUGUAUGGGCGAAACAGAAAUUAUCGGUGGAUUUGCAAUAUAGCAGCAGGUUGCCGAAACUAGGCAGUCACUUGACUAGUUGAGUCUCUGUAGAUGUUAGUUUGAUGUGUUGUGUUUGUUUGGAUAAGCUGCUGUCCCGUCAUGCUUGUGUUUGUUCGCUUUGAAUUUGAGUCGAAAUUCAUGCGAAUUUAAUUUAUCCAUACGUUGAAGAAUACAACCCAUUCAUUCA